AUAUUUUAUUUGCUUUUAGGAAGUCAAAAACGAUCUGCUUUUUUUGUGGGAAGUCGUUAUGGACGAUCAAGCGCCAGUACUACUUCCGGAACCACUAGCUUCAGCAGCAGACGCCUUAUUAUUGUUCCCCGUAACGAUCAGUUCUUUCUUGGCUCCCGGUACGGAAAACGAAGCAGCGAGUUUCUAGCGCCUUACGAGCAAAUCAAUUUUAGUCUCGCUCUUAGCAAAAGAACUAGACGAAAAGAAGAGAAACAAAUAUCUUAUUUGAGGAUCAGAUUUGUACCAUUACUUAAGCAAUGCAUAUAUGCUGGUAUAAAAAACUACUACCACUGUGUCGCAUCACAGUAAUGGUCAGAGCUCUGGAUGGUUUGAUGGUAUCGAUUCUUCAAGCAGUGUACUGAGAGAUGAAAAUAUUAAAUUAACCUAUUUAUAGAUUAUAACGGCUAACGUGAAUUAUCAUUCCGAAAUUGAUUGCUUAAUAUUUUGAGUCUGUAAUGGCAUGCUCCUCUGGCAUAUUUGAAUCUGAAGCAAAUAUUCCAACAUUUCGUUGAAACCAAAAAUGAUCUAAUCAAAAGAUAAA